AAUUACCAACAGCAUUAUACACGUUAAAAUCUCCACGUGUCACUCGGUGACAGAAAGUAGCUUUGCGAUUCGUGAAUAGUAAUAAGACGGGAAAGAUUCCUGUUUUUGCGGAAAUAUUCCUUAGUCACGGAGUAGAAAGUCCGAGAAAACGGCUGGGUUCUCUUCUGGUCCUCCGUACCCGACCCGUAAAAAACUCCCGACUCAUAUUACGUCAUUGGCGCAUUUAAAAAUCCGUACCCUUUAUCCAUAAAUGCGGAUCCCAUCUCAAACCCCGCGGGACCCGUUAGCAACAUAUAGCCGUUACCCAGUCAGAGACGACCGCCCCAUGAUUCCCAUUUUCCUUGUUCCCCACUUCCAAACUCCAUCCGCUCCCGCUCGCAAACAGAAAUGGCUAACUAGCCGUUACUCCUCUCCUUAAAGAACCCCUCAUUAGAUCCCUAUCCCAGAUAUAUAAGCUUCUUUUCUGUCUCUCUCCGUCUCCAAAAUCUCUCUCCUCUCUUUCUCAGUUCAAAUUGAUGAAACACUGACUUAUACACAUUUGGAUUUGUAUGAUCUCAAAUGGAAGCACGCCCAUUGUUUGUUCUAGAGCACAGGAAGGAUAACUGUAAGAAGAAAACACUUUUUUUGUUUCACUCUCUUUGCUUGAUUCUCUUCUCCGCCGCAGUAGUAGCAACGAGCUCGUUGGACGGAAUCAUCAUCGCCGAGGAAGACUACCAAGGGCUCCAGGCCUUCAAGCACGCAAUCAAUGACCCGCGAGGCUUCCUUCGAAGUUGGAACGACACUGGCCUUGGCGCUUGCUCGGGAGCCUGGUUUGGCAUUAAGUGCGUUAAGGGAAAAGUGAUUGCCAUCCAACUUCCAUGGAGGGGUCUCGGCGGCCACAUUUCGGAGAAGAUCGGCCAGCUCACCGCACUGCGCAAGCUCAGUCUCCAUAACAACUUGAUCGGCGGCCAGAUCCCUUCAGCCGUCGGCUUCCUUUCAGAUCUUCGUGGCCUUAUUCUGUUCAACAACCGCUUCUCCGGCGAGGUCCCGCCGUCAAUCGGUAACUGUUUAAAGCUCCGGACUCUAGAUCUUAGCAAUAAUUCGCUUUCUGGUAAAAUUCCCCCUUCGAUUUCAAACUCUUCUAAGCUUUAUAGGCUUAAUCUGAGCUUUAACCAUUUCUCUGGCGAGAUUCCGGCGGAUAUUGCUAAGUCUCCUGCUUUAACUUUUCUUUCUCUGCAACACAACGCGCUCUCUGGUCCAAUUCCUCAUGCGACAGCUUAUAAGCUGCAAUACUUGAAUCUUGAUGAAAACCAUCUUUCUGGACCCAUUCCUGCUUCCUUGGGGCAACUGAGGUUGUUGAAAGAGAUCACUCUGAGUAACAAUCAGCUCAAUGGUAGCAUACCUAAAGAAAUCGGUUCCCUUUUGAUGCUUAAAACCUUGGAUAUCUCGCAAAACUCCAUUGGAGGAAGCUUUUCAGCUUCACUAUGCAAUCUUUCUUCUCUGCUCAAAUUAAACCUUGCGGGUAAUUCCCUUAAUGGAAGGCUCCCCGACUCACUUGACAAGCUUGGGAAUCUCUCCGUUCUCUCUCUUAAAAUGAACCAGCUCAAUGGAGAGCUUCCUUCAACAAUGGGGAGCAUUUCAAACCUCUCACUUCUCGAUUUGUCUGAAAAUAAUUUCACUGGUCAUAUCCCUGCAUCUCUUUCUCACCUCUCAAAGCUCACAUUUUUAAAUGUGUCUGAUAACAAUCUUUCAGGUAGAGUCCCAGCUCUGCUGUCUGAAAGAUUUAAUUCUAGCUCUUUCAUAGGAAACAUUAACCUCUGUGGCUAUAGCUCUUCAACUCCUUGCCCUGCUAACCUACCACCCCCACCAUCUUCUCCGCCGGAAUCCCAUCGCCGGAGAUUGAACACUAGAGAUAUAAUUAUAAUUGGUGCAGGGAUUGUUAUUGCGUUUCUUUUCCUCCUCUGCUGUGCUCUGCUCUGUUUUUUGAUCAGGAAAAGAGCAACCUUUCGUAAACAGAGAAAAUCAGUGGGUGGAACAGAGAAAGCUGGACAAGCAGCUGCCGAAGCAGAUACCGGUGGAGAUUCAGGAGGGAAGCUGGUGCACUUCGACGGGCCUCUCGUUUUCACCGCCGAUGAUCUUCUGUGCGCGACAGCGGAGAUUAUGGGAAAGAGUACUUAUGGGACUGUGUAUAAGGCGACAUUGGAGGAUGGAAAUCUGGUGGCGGUGAAGAGAUUGAGGGAGAAGAUUGCAAAGAGCCAGAAAGAGUUUGAAGCUGAGGUGAAUGUGCUUGGAAAGAUUCGGCAUUUGAAUCUAUUGGCGCUGAGAGCUUACUAUUUGGGACCCAAAGGAGAGAAGCUUCUGGUUUUUGACUUCAUGACAAAUGGAAGCCUAGCUGCUUUUCUCCAUGCUAGAGGCCCGGACACUCCCAUAGACUGGCCGACAAGGAUGAGCAUAGCCAUGGGAACAGCAAGAGGUCUGAGCCAUCUCCACAACAACGUAAACAUUAUCCAUGGCAACCUCACCAGCUCCAACGUCCUCCUAGACGACAACUACAACGUCAAGAUCGCCGACUACGGCCUCUCAAGACUGAUGACGGCAGCCGCCAAUUCCAACGUCAUCGCCACCGCCGGAGCGCUCGGCUUCCGAGCACCGGAGCUUUCCAAGCUGAAGAAGGCCAGCACAAAGACUGAUGUUUAUAGCCUUGGGGUGAUAAUGCUUGAGCUCCUCACCGGGAAGUCGCCGGGAGAUGCGGUGAAUGGGGCGGAUUUGCCGCAGUGGGUGGCUUCGAUUGUGAAAGAGGAGUGGACAAAUGAGGUGUUUGAUUUGGAGCUUAUGAAGGAUGCAGCCGGGAAUGCUGGUGACGAGUUGUUGAAUACACUGAAGCUGGCGUUGCACUGUGUGGAUCCCUCGCCGGGGGCGAGGCCGGAGGUCCGUGAGGUGCUUCAGCAACUGGAGGAGAUCAAGCCUGAACUAGCCGUGGUAGUGGAGGAAGGCGGCGGGGAAGCCGUCAGUGCCGGUGAUUAAGAGUUGUGCUAAAAGUUUUAGCUUACUUAAUUAGUCUGACUUAUACUUUUGGUUCUUUUAUUUUUAAAUGUUUUUAUUUGUAAAUAUAUACAGUUGAUUUGCUGCUUAUUUAGUAGAGU